GGGAAAACGAAAGAAACCCAAAAAAAAAGUUUGUUUUUAAUAAUUGUUAAAUAUUAAAAGAAAAUUAUCUAGUAAUUAUAAUUACCUUAAAAUGGCCAGUGCUGUGGAAUCGAUGGAUAUAGAUGAACCUCAUCCGGGCCCCUCCAAACUAAUUGAAGCAAAGGAAGACUUGGACAUAAAAAAAACUUCUAAUCUUCCAUGGAUUGAAAAAUAUAGACCGCAAACUUUUGAAGAAAUAGUGGGCAAUGAAGACACCAUAACCAGACUAGGAAUAUUUUCAAAGCAAGGCAACGUUCCAAAUGUCAUUAUUGCGGGUCCUCCUGGUGUUGGUAAAACCACAACCAUUUUGUGCCUGGCAAAAAUCAUGUUAGGGUCAGCCUUCAAAGAAGCAGUCUUGGAAUUGAACGCUUCAAAUGACAGAGGAAUAGACGUAGUCCGUAACAAAGUGAAAAUGUUUGCCCAACAGAAAGUUACAUUACCACCCGGGAAGCAUAAAAUUAUAAUUUUAGAUGAAGUAGACAGUAUGACUGAAGGAGCUCAGCAAGCUUUAAGAAGAACCAUGGAAAUCUACAGUAAUACUACAAGAUUUGCACUGGCAUGCAAUUAUAGUGAAAAAGUUAUUGAACCUAUUCAAUCACGUUGUGCCAUUUUGAGAUAUUCACGCUUAACUGAUGCACAAGUUUUAGCCAGAACUAUACAGAUUUGUCAGAAAGAAAAUGUCAAAUACAGUGAAGAUGGUUUAGAAGCCAUAGUAUUUACAGCUCAAGGUGAUAUGAGGCAAGCUUUAAACAAUCUUCAAUCUACUCAUAACGGUUUUGGAGAAGUAAACUCGGAAAAUGUUUUCAAAGUUUGUGAUGAACCUCAUCCCAUGCUUAUCCAGGAUAUGCUUAAAUCUUGUUCAGAGGGAGAUAUAAGGAAGGCAUAUAAGAUUGUAGAACAUUUAUGGAACUUGGGUUACGCUGCAGAAGACAUUAUUAAAAACAUAUUCAAAGUGUGCAAAACUAUGGACAUGGCAGAACCGGUUAAAUUAGCUUUUAUAAAAGAGAUUGGGUUGACACAUCAGAGGAUAAUCGAAGGAUUGACCACUUUAAUACAAAUGUCUGGUCUUCUUUCAAGAAUGUGCUUGGCGGCUGCAAAAUUGAGAAGCAGCCAAGCUUAAUCUUCAUCAUGUCUUUAUAUUAUAUUAUUUUUGUAUUUUGAUUUUGACGUGUAUUUAUUAACUUAUUGUAGAGGGUGCCAUUCACGUAGAGAUCGGUAUCUAUAAAUGUUUCAAGUAUCAGUAUCUUGAUACAAAUCUCACUGUGUAUUCGUCUGUCUCAGUUUCAAUGUGUGAAUGGGGCCCUUAAGACAACAUUUGCUUAGUUUAUUUGAAAAACAAACAAUUAUUUAUAUACAAAAUAUGUUUAUUCUUAAAAAAAAAACUUUUCUAGUUAACAUAAAUCACAUUAAUAUUCAACUAUUAAUAAUUUAUUCAUUCAAAUAUCUUCAACAAUUUCGAAACAUCCAAGCUAGAAAAUUCACUUUUGAAAAUCAUCAGUAAUUCAAGAGCAUCGUUUUUCCCAUCCAAAUUGGUCGCACUACUAGGAAUAUCAAAAAAUGUAACAUAACUAGCCAACAUUGGUAAAUUCGCAUCAAACUCUUUUCCGACAAUAAAAUUUUUGAGGUUUAACUUGAGAUGCUCUUCGUGAGAUUCCAGUAUGCUGGUUAUUUCUUGUUGAAAAGCCAAAACUGUUUCUUUAGAGAGAAGAUUUUGGGAGGCUGACGAUUUCAUCAGUACUUGUUCCAUUAUUAUUUUUAGUUGCCAUAUAACGAGGGUGGAUGGUUGAGACUGUAGAGCAAGGACCAACUAUAAAACAAAACAUUGGCUAUCAAUCAAAUUAAUUCUUGUAGAUUUUUUCCAUGUCAUGCCUUACCUUGAUCAAUGACACCAUAAUAAUAAUCAUCAUCAACUUAUCCUUAACAACAGCAUCAUAAAUCGCCCUGGUCAGCAUCUGUAUAAACCUCUGCUCGUAAUGAUUCGCUUUGGUUCUAUCAAGAUUCAAUACGGAUUCGCAAAAUCCUUUUAUGGCGUCGUCAGAAGUGAAAUUUGUUAUGGAAAGAUAGGGUGGAUCCCACGGUACCACUCUAGAGUGCGUCAAAGUUCGAGCAAGUUCGCUGUGGUACCCAAACUUGUCUGUUAUGUAGCUGAGGCAACCGGCGCGUUGUUUGACUUCUAUGCAGCCUG